CUACGGACGGUGAUAAGGUUCGGUUACAGAUCUAUUUCGGUCUGUUCGAAUCUCGACGAAGAGGGCACAGCGGAGGACGGGAGAAGAAAGGUGGUCGGGGAUGUGGACCACCCAAAUAAUUUCGAGAUAAUAACGCCUUAUCACUGUUCAGGGACAGUCGGCGGAUGUUCACCGGGGCAAUCAAUUAGCUGGCACGAACUGAAAAUUAGCAACCGUUGACGUUGACCGUCGAUAGUAGCCCUACGACACCCCUCUUCGCAGACGAAUCUCCCGAUGUCUCUCUGCGCCCCCAGCCUCCGCCGCCUCUGACUUAUCGCUCAAGCCAAGGGCUAUCGGUAUGCCCCGGUCGCCUUUCCUGAUAGACAUCGCUGGCAACAUUGCUCUGAGGAGUGGAUCGGAUGCGGACCAACACCCUCAGACGUCCAGCGACCGGCGAUCAGAGCCGACGCACCAAGUAUUAAGACUGUGGUCAAACCGUAAUGAAAUCCGAUUUCAUAAUGAAAACCCAGGUAUACUGAGUUUACACCACAACCCAAGGAAAACCACUAUGCCAAACGUCCGUACCGAUCGGGACUUUCUUAAUUGAACUUAUAGUGCAUACCGCGAUCGUCCGCCUGAUAUUGACAACUAAGUAUUAUGCUUUCGCUGCUGCCACACCACCCGCUCGUCUGCCGCUGCUGCCUGCUGGAGCAGCCGCCGCUUUACCACAGUCUCCAUGACGCUUCUAGUCAAUUGGCUGUGGAGCUGAAGGCCCUAGCUCCCACCCUGCGUCUGGAACCGGGCGACAACCUCACCGACGUGAUCUGCGACCUCUGCCUUCGACGCCUGUACGACGCCCGCGACUUCCAGCGGCGGUGCGAGCACUCCGAGCAGGUGCUCCGCAUGAGGCACGAGCACUGGAAACACACGGUGGCCGUGGGAGACGCCUUGGCCCUGGACGAUGUACUCGAAUGCCUGGAGCGAGAAGUGGGCAGCCUGGAGGGACCGAUGGCCAUGCCGCUGCAAACAAGCAAGCCGGUAGCCUAUGUGGCGCCCUUAAUGGAGACCGUUGAUUUUGAAAGCCUGGACAUCCAAGACAGCUCGCCCAUUGAGCUUGGGACGCCCUCGUACUGGGAAUCGUCGGUUGAUUCAGGCAGCCUUAACACUCCGCAUCACCAACCGGAGACUGCCGAGCUCCUAGCAGCCGAACCUCCCACGCCCCCGGAAUCAUCCGAAGAACCGGCUCUGGAACCCGCAGAAAAGCCCAGAGAGCGGACACCCAGGUCGCGCCAGAAAAACCCCAAGCCUAGGGAGAAAACCGCUGGUAGCUUGCACCCGCGAUCCUUGCACCCGUGCCCCGAGUGCGAAAAGAAGUUCACUCGCAACUUUCAACUCAAGCUGCACAUGACAGCUGUGCACGGCAUGGGCGAGAUGAGGUACCAGUGCGAGGAGUGUGGCAAAAACUUUGCCUCGCGGCACAGUCUUCGCUACCAUGUGAAGUCGGUGCACUCAACGGAGCGCCCAUUCGGAUGCCAGCACUGCGAGAGACGCUUUGUCUUGCGCACGCAGCUGCUGUCCCAUCUUCGCACCCACACUGGCGAAGCCAAGCCGCGCAUAUUCGAGUGCCAACGCUGCUCAAAGAGCUGGCCCACCAAGUCCGACCUCCGCACCCAUAUGCGCUCCCACAACCCCAACAUGGAGCGGCCCUUCAAGUGCGAUCGCUGCUCGAAGGCCUUUUUCACUCGUGGCCACCUCAACUCGCACCUGCUGGUACACACCGGUGAGAAGCCAUUCGCCUGCGAGUACUGUGACAAGUGCUACCAGAGUGUUGGCAACCUGAACAAUCACAUGGUACGCCUGCACGCAGAGAUCAUCGAGGCCCAGUUAGAGACAGAGGUUAUCGAGAGCUGAGGCCCACACCCGCAUCCUAGGAAGAGGCUGCAUCUAGUAUUAGGGGCGCUGGAGGGGCAAUUACACCGAGUCCACCACCUAUAACUCUUACAUUACAGUCAAUAAUAUUUAUAUAAUAUCAUUUUUUGGCAAAAGGUGAAUUAAGUCUUAACACAACACUUUAGAGUUACGUAUUUCAAGCUGUCAAAAUACUUGUACUAUUUUCUUAUUCAUUAUUAAUGCCAAGUUGAAAAAAAAAAUGUUUUUUGAUAUUUCAUAUAUUAAUCUAGGAUAAUGUAAUUAUUACUGUUUUAGUUGUCACUAAUCGUUUUUUGAAUUUACAUACAUUUGUACAUACGUACAUCCACUUUGAGUACUAGUUUUAAUAUAGCUUAUAUUUGUACUUUUUUCUAUAACAUUGAAUAAAAUACUUUUGCUCGAAAAUUUACUUUUAAACAUCGCUUUAAAAAGUUUCACGAUAGAAACAGUUUGUUCUAAGUUUAUAUGCCGUUCAUAGUAUUUAAUUGAAAAGAAUGCAACAGGUUGAUAAAAACGAUGAGGACCUCUAAUGCAUACAGUCAGGUCAAUUGAAAAUCCCCUGCCUAAUAUGAUAAAAACCCUUGAUGGUUAAUUUUCCUGCGGCAGUGUCCGAAAACUCAUUAUCAAGCAAAGUUGUGGCAUUAAAUGUAUUUUUCCCCUUCAAAUAUCUGUAUUUUGUAACACGCUAAUUUCUAUUUUAUCCCUUUUCUUCACAAUAGCAAGAGUAGCUUCACUCAAAAUGCUAUAACUCACAAACUAAUAAACGCACAGCUGACAAAUUUA